AUGGCGUCGAAUUCGGUCUGUUCAUUAUGCAUAUCCACGCUUGGUCGUCGGAUAGCCCCUCGCGCGCUGGUCCAGCCUGCACUUGCGCAGCGCUUCAUGUCAAGACAAGCCAAGGCAAGACCAUCUCGCAUGGUGCUCUCCGACAGAGUCCAUCGAUCCCCUGCCUCUGCCGACAGGCGCAGGUCCCGGCAAGACUCAAUUGAUGGGCCCUUUGCCGGUAUGAACCGACGAGUCGCAAACGUCGACCCAGCUCGAGCACCUAGACAGUCAAAAGCAUCGUCAAAGAGCGACGACAGAGAUGCUGCUCCGCGCCGUGAUGAGCGAAGAACACCCGACGACCGCAAGGCGCUGAAGAUGCAGCGCGCUUUGGCUACUGUUUCGUACGGAAGACGAGUUGGUUUGAAGGACAAGAUGGCUCAAUACGAGACCUUUGACCAGUUUGACUUGUUGCCAGGACUUCAGUCAGCUGUGACGGACGAGCUGUUCAAAAACAUGGUCAAUAUCAAACCCACACCAGUACAGCGACUGGCUAUUCCCGCACUAUUAGGACAGCCGAAUCCAGGAGAGAAUAAGACCCCGAGUAAGGAAAUGAAAUCAUUCCUUUUGGCCGCAGAGACAGGCUCAGGGAAGACUCUGGCCUAUCUCCUUCCAGCUAUCGACGCCCUCAAACUGGCAGAAGCUGAGGACCCAGAUAUUAAGGCAUACAGGGAGCGGUUUGAGGAAGAGAAAGCACGUCAGCAAGCUGGAAGCUUCAAGGGAAAGCCAUUUGAAGAGCCACACCCCACAAUGGCCAGACCAAAGGUCAUCGUCUUGGUGCCUACUGCUGAGCUGGCACAGCAAGUGAUGAAAGUAUCAAAAUCACUUUCACACGUCGCCAAGUUCAAGACGGAGAUGCUAUCCUCGGACCUCAAAGCACAGCAGAUUCAGCGAAAUAUUUACGGCCCAAAGGGGAUUGAUGUUGUCGUCGCCACCCCUCACCUGUUAGCCUCCAUCGCCGACUCCGACCCCAACAUCUUGUCCCGGGUGUCGCACCUCAUAGUUGACGAGGCCGACUCCCUGCUGGAUAGAAGCUUUGCGCCCGUUACGACAAGCAUUAUCGAGCGCGCCAUGCCGUCCCUGAAGCAGCUCGUUUGUUGCUCUGCUACCAUCCCUAAGAAGCUGAACAACUACUUGGCCACGAAUUACCCCAAGAUGGUACGCAUCACUACGCCUAACCUGCACGCCAUUCCGCGACGUGUCCAACUCGGCGUCAUUGAUGUCUCGAAAGAUCCAUAUCGGAACAACAAGGAUCUUGCUUGCGCAGACGCAAUCUACACCAUCGGCAGGGAGGCGUCGGCCCAUGAAGGCCCGGUGAAGGGCGAGGUGGACGUUCGCCGCGUGCUGGUGUUUGUGAAUGAGAGGGGAAAGACGGAGGAGGUGGCUGAGUACUUGCGAUCAAAGGGAAUAGAUGCGCAAGCGUUACACAGAGAUACCCCGGAGAAGAGGCAUGGCGAAGUUCUCGAGACGUUCACGUCCCCGGAACCACUACGAAUUCAAGCACCUGCAGCAGCAACUAGUGGUCGCCGUCGCUCUCUGGCCAAUGUCAAAGCGCUUGUGGUUACGGACCUGGCAUCAAGAGGCAUCGACACAGUAGCUGUGCGACACGUUAUUCUGUAUGAUGUUCCUCACACAACUAUUGAUUUCAUUCAUCGACUCGGACGAGCUGGUCGAAUGGGUCGUCGCGGUAGAGGUAUUGUUCUGGUUGGCAACAAUGACAGAAAAGAUGUUGUUUCGGAAGUGAAGAAUAGCAUGUUUAUGGGCCAGGCGCUCAUUUAA